AUGGCGGAAAGUUUACUUUUCAUAUUUUUAACAUUUCUCAUUAUUUUGUCAGUAAAUGUAAAUUGUUUUAAAUUACAACAAGUUCUUAUCUUAAGUAGACAUAGCUUAAGAGCUCCACUAACGGCUAACCUUAAGAACACGUCACCCCAUAAAUGGCCCAAAUGGAAUUAUGAACACGGCCAUUUAACAGACAAAGGUGCUUUGUUAGAAAGUUACAUGGGCGAAUAUUUUAUUGAAUGGCUAAAUCAGCAACGUUUAUUGUCGCUCGAAUGUCCAACAGCUGACGAUUUAUUUGUUUAUGCAAACACCAAACAACGCACGCGUGAAUCGGCAAAUGCUUUCGUGAGAGGUGCAUUCAAAAGUUGCAAUAUUAGUGCCUACAGUAUAAACUCGGAAAAAAUGGAUCCCGUUUUCAAUCCGAUUAUUCGCGAUACUACAGAGGAAACAAAGAGAAAAAUAAUAGCGGAAAUGGAAAACAAAUUAAGCGAAUUACACCUCGACGAAGCUUACACGUACCUAAGCGAAAUUCUCGACUUGAAAAAUUCUGAUAUUUGUAAAAGUGAAUUAUUCUGUGAUUUUUUACAAGCUAAAAAUGAAAUCGUGUAUGUAAUAGGACAAGAACCUCAUAUUGUAGGACCAUUAGCAACGAGUAAUAACGUCAUGGAUGCAUUUAUUAUGAGUUAUUACGAAGGCAUGGCUAAUGAAGAUGUCGCGUGGGGUAAAAUAAAUAAAGCAGAACAGUGGACGCUAUUGUCCGAAAUAAUUCGAGAAAACCAAAAUGUUCGCUUUAAUAGCUCCACACUAGGCAGAAAUGUAGCGAAACCUUUAUUAAAAUACAUUAAAGGUGUUUUUAAUCAGAUUCCGCCACGAAAAGUGACAGUACUGUUCGGUCAUGAUUCAAACCUUAAUUCAGUUAUGGCUGCUUUGGGAUUGAAGCACUAUGAGUUACCAAAUCAUUAUGAAGCAACCCCACCAGGGGGGAAAAUUGUAUUUCAAAAAUGGUACGACGAAAAAAAGAAUCGACAUUUAUUAAAAAUCAGCUAUGUUUAUCAAACGAUCGAUCAAAUACGAAAUGCUUCCCAUUUAUCAACUAAUAACCCGCCUUUUUGGGUCGAUCUGGAGUUAAGUAAUUGUAGCGGCGACAAAGAUGGAUUCUGUCCUUGGAAGAAAUUUCAAAAAAUUUUAACAACUAUCAAUUAA